AUGGCCACCCCAGGCACUCAGUAUGUGAUGCAAGCGGGCCUUACAGCCGGCAUGUCAGGCACACAGAGCAUGCACUCCCCGCACCCCAAGCCGGUGGACCCCAUCUCAGCAACCCGCCGAAUCGCCCUGCGUGGUGUGAGUGGCAAGGAUGUACUCGUUCCCUACCUGAGUAUCGGCGCAUGGUCAUGGGCCGACAAAGCAACCUUUAACUACAACCACACACGAGACCUCCCACGCAUCCACGCAGCAUGGGCGAAGCUCAAGUCUGUCGGGUUGACCUUCGUGGACACAGCGCAGUCCUAUGGUGACGGUGAGAGCGAGCGGAUCUGUGGAACCCUAUUCCGGGGCAUGCCUCGCGACUCAUUCGUGGUGCAGACCAAGUGGCUAUCAACACCAGACAUUACCAACACACUCAUGCAGGCUGGCGGGCCCAAGUCUAAGCUUAAAGAUUCGCUCGUGCGUCUUCAACUGGACUACGUCGACAUCUAUCUCGUCCACGGGCCUAUCCACCCUAGCAAGAUAUCCACUGUCGCCAAGGGCAUGGCCGACUGUGUGGAAUCCGGUAUGGCGCGCGCAGUCGGAGUGGCUAACUAUGACACAAAGGAGAUGAUCAAGAUGGCCGAUGGGCUGGCCAAGCAUGACGUUCCGCUCUCUGUCUGCCAGUGCGAGUACUCAGUCGUCCGCCGCUUGCCUGAAGGGUUUGCCUCGCUGGCCGAGGGCCGUCUUUCUGGUAAAUAUUCGCGCUUCAAUGAGCCCCAGCGGAGGCGGCGCUUCAGCAGUUAUCCCAUGCGUAUGCUGGAACCUACUAUCCAUGUCUUGAAAGGUAUUGCUGAGGAGCGACGUGUGCCUGUUCCUGCUGUGGCGCUCAAUUAUUCUAUCAAUAAGGGCGUUCUGCCAUUGGUUGGCGUGCGCGAUGCUGGCCAAGCGGAGCAGGAUAUGCAGGCGCUUGGAUGGCGGCUGACAGAAGAUGAGAUGAAACAAAUUGAAGGACUGAGUCUACAGGGUAGUAGAUCCUCCUUUAUGCAGCAUGGGUAG